AUGUCUUCCAAUCAAAAAAUCAUCGCUGUCGUCGGGGCCACUGGUACCCAAGGCUCAUCAGUAGCCCGAACCUUUCUCGCCCUCCCCAACUGGCACGUCCGCUGUUUGACUAGGUCACCCUCCUCAGACAAAGCCCAAUCGCUCGCCAAAAAAGGUGCCGAAAUCAUUCAGGCGGAUCUUAAUGACCCAGAGUCACUGCGUCGCGCUUUCGCUGGCGUCCAUGCCAUCUUCCUCAACACCGACUUCUGGGAGCCAUACCGCCGCGCCCUGGCCUCUGGCACAGAUGCCAAAACCAGUGCCCAAAUUGGCUACGACGCCGAAGUCAAGUUUGGAAAGAACGUCAUUGAUGCUGCGCGGGAAGUCCCAACCCUGGAGCGAUUCAUUUACUCCGCUUUGGGCCCUAUGAAUGCUGCCUCCGGAGGCAAAUACCCACACUCCUACCACUGGGAAACUAAAGCGUACUUGGUGGAUUAUAUUCGGGGCACCGAGCUCACGAAGUUGACCUCUUUCAUCUAUAUCGGUGGAUAUCUCACCAACCAGUUCCUCUACCCGAAGCUCCACAAGCAAACUGGGGGUUACGCUCUUGUGCUCCCAGCAAGCAAGCAGACACGACUUCCGGUCAUCGAUACUGCUCGCUCGACCGGUCCAUUUGUGAGGGCUUUGAUUGAGGACGAGGAAGCUGGAACUAAGUUGUUGGCCUAUGAUGAGUAUUUGACAUUCGAGGAGAUUAUCGAGACUUGGUCCAAGGUUACAGGCAAGCAGACCAUGUUCCUUCAGAUGGAUAUGCAGGAUAUGCAUGAGAAGUUCGGUGUCCCGAUUGAGGUUCUUGGAGGCCCUGCAUUCCUGAAUGAGUUUGACUAUUGUGCUGGAGUCUCAGGUGUUAUUGAACCUUCCCAGUUGAAAGCUCCGGUUGAUGUAAAGAGUUUUGAGGAUUCGCUGAGAGGCAUGGAUGUUGAUUUUCUGCUGGGAACAAAGGAGUCAUAUUAG